AUGGCGGGACCCAGCGAAGCCCAAGUGGGCAACAUGCUGGCCUCAUCUGCCACAGGCACGACGUUCUUGAUCCUAAUACAGGUUGCGUCUAGAAUGUUUACAUUCCUCUCAAACCAGCUGAUCUUGCGAGCUUUAUCACCUAUGGUACUCGGGAUUGCUGCUCAGCUUGAACUUUAUCAAGUCUCGAUUUUGUACUUCUCAAGGGAGAGUAUUCGCAUGGCUAUCCAGCGACAGCCACUUGGUGCCAAAACCUCGAAGUUACAAUCGACUGCAUCUCAGUCGAUCGUGAACAUCUCUUAUUUGAGCCCCCUUCUGGGAAUUGCCGCAACAACUGUGUUUACUAUACUUUAUCAGCACUUUGCCCCCGAAAAGGCCUUGGAAACCUCUUUCUUCAACGCCAGCGUGAUUAUCACCGGGCUGGCGGCACUCAUGGAACUGACCAUUGAGCCCUUCUUUGCAAUCAUUCAACAACAGAUGUUGUAUCAAAAACGCGCAGUGGUUGAAAUGCCAGCUGCAUUCAUGAAAAGUUUUACAACUUGCACCAUUUUCUUGUACACAUUCCGCACAGGCCAGCAGUCUGGUGGGGCUUUACCUUUUGCAUUUGGCCAUCUGAGUUAUUCUAUUACACUUGUUGUGGGAUACUGUGCACUCUUACUCCCACGAUCGAGCGAGCGACGCUUUUCAUUUCUUCCCGUGCUCAUUAAAGACAGAGCUGGAGCUGAAUAUUUCUUGGGUCGGUUCUCUAGAAAAUUAAGCUCGCUUGCAGCCAGCCUGUUUUUCCAGUCUGUUGUAAAGCACCUCCUCACGCAAGGUGACUCCAUGAUGCUUGCUGCUAUGGCCAGUCUGGAGGAUCAAGGAAUCUACUCACUGGCAUCGAACUAUGGCGGUCUUAUCGCACGCAUCAUGUUCCAGCCUCUGGAAGAGAGCAGUCGUAAUCUAUUUUCGAGACUCCUCAGUCCAGAUGAGACUGGGAAGCGAAAUAUCACACAAGUUCGCUUUGCAAAGCAACACCUCACCGAUUUGCUUCGCGCUUACCAACUGCUCUUAGUACUUGUCUUCCCUAUUGGCCCCAUUGUGGUGGCACAAGGACUCCAUCUCUUAGGAAGUCGUCAGUGGGCUUCGCCUCAAGUCGGGGACCUUCUAUCAUUGUAUUGUUAUUAUAUCCCGUUCCUCGCCUUCAAUGGCAUUACCGAGGCGUUUGUGGCAUCUGCAGCAAGUCCAAAGGAGAUUCGUCACCAAGCCAUCUGGAUGGGUGCCUUUUCUGUGUGCUAUGCCUUGGCUGCCUAUCUUUUUCUAGAAGUUUGGUUCAUGGGGGCUUAUGGGUUGGUUUUGGCUAAUAUUGUGAAUAUGGCGGUUCGCAUUCUGUGGAGCUAUAUGUUCAUCCGAUCAUAUCUUGCACAACACGAAGGAGGUCUUCGUGUUGCGGAUGUGAGUAUUCAUCCUGUCAGUUAUGUCUUGGGAAUUCUGGCAACCGUCACUAUGAUCACACAGGGAUUAUCGGCUGCCGAUCAGGAUCUACUUACAGUCAUCGCAUUCAGCGGUACUUAUGCACUUGUGUAUGUUGAGAGAGAGUAUCUCACAGGACAGGCGAUGCGGCUUAUUGAGAUGGUUCAUUCUCGCAAAAAAGGCACUAAGGCUGAAUAG